AUGCCGCUGUCCUCCUUGAUUACAGACUCAUUUACUAAUGAUGAGUCUCAUUUCAGCGACAGAAUAUUCACAAAUACCAGUGCGAAACAGUUUAAUCUAANCAAGCGUUUUAAACAGAAAUGCGAACUCAUGUUUGAUGGGCCAUUGAAGGGCAAAACUAAAGAGCAAAGGAUUAACUACCUACUGUUAUGGUCAGGAGACUAUGGACUAGAUCUAUACAACACUUGGACAUUGGACGAGGAAGAGCACAAGGACAUAAAUGGAUAUUGGAAGAGAUUUGAGGAUCAUGUUAAGCAAACCAUAUCUUGAAGAUUUAAUUUACGUAAUGUGAGACAAAACGGCAGACCGCUAGACGUCUUUCUGACAGAAGCACAACUCAUCGUACAAAGUUGUGGAUUUCCCGUCGAACUACGAGAUGAAAUGCUGAGAGACACUCUAGUUUUUGGCACUGGCUAUGAGACUGUUAGAAAGAAAUGCAUUGCAGAGGGAAAUUCAUUGAUGUUCCAGAGAGCGAGGGAAAUCGCACGAACCGAAGAAGCAACACGUGAACAACUUGUCGCGAUGAGCAACGCAAGCCAUGAAGUAAAUGCUCUAAAGGGUCCACAGCAACAAACGCAAAAUCAACGCAAGUAUGAAUAA